CAAAAAAAUUUGAAACACUAAAAUGUAUGCAAGCACCAAUUCUGAAUAAAGCAAAAUGGACGAGCCCAAUCAACCACAACAUCACCAUAACGUUAGCGCAUUUGCAAAUGUGUUUUAGUUUAUUCGCUUGGAGACGUUAAUCGCCUUGAAAGUUGCAAGUUACCAACAUUCAAUUACAACAUAAUUUGCUGAUGUUGCUUAUGCGGUCAUAAGUUUUGCUACGACAUCUUAAAUUAAUCGAAUGAAUAGUGAAUGCAGUGAUUUAUUAACUUUUACACCAACGUUUUGCAAACUCCUUGCAUCGAGAUAAGCAAUGCAAGCAAAUUAUCGGCAGCAAAUAUACAUUAUAUAUACUUGUUAUCAGAGUCGCUAAACUCAAAGAAACAUUAAUAUUAUUUGGGCUUAUGAUAUAAAUAGUAUUUUAUGAGAAAUCCAAAACAAUUAAAACAUGUAGGAGAUCCUUUUAUUACCAAGAAAUUAAUUUCCCUAGCCAUAUAAUACAUAUUAGACUACAGAGGUUUAGAUAAAAACAUCAGUAUUUAUAUUGUAUCGUCAUAAAAAAUAGAUUUUAAGCGUAUUUUUUAUGCGAUUUACACCUUGUGAUAGCGUGGGGCAUAGCGUGGUUUCAGAUCUCAACUGCAUGAUAACGGAUAAUGCAGAGUGGCAUAUUUGCUAAACAUAAACAAUGAACAAAAGGUAUACAAAUGCCUGAUUAGACUCCGUUAUAUAAAGAAAUUCUUUUGGAUAAAUAACAUUCUCAAGCGACUGCAUACCGUUAAAGCGAUCUUUCGCAGAGUAAAAUUCAAAAUGUUCAAACUUUUGGUCCUAGCAUUAGUCUUUGCAAUAACACAGGGGACUUUAGGGCUAACCACUGAUGAACGAAAGUAUUUUAAAGCAAGACCUUACCCGGAACAAAAUACCGGAAUACAAGGAACAGUGAGUGUCGAUGACGACCCCAGGGAUGCAAAAGUAUUGAUCCUGCAGAGCAAUGGAAUUCCUGAUCACGAUACAGGAACUUUCCCCGCACCAUCAAACCCCAAUUCAAUCGAGGUUCAAUCGUUCAAUUGGAGAAUACCGAAGAAUCCAACAAUACAACUUGAAACAUCUUGUUUACCUAUGGGACCAAUAGCGAUGGCAACGAAUGGUGUGGCAAUUUACAAUCCAUUCACUAUCGGAUGUUGUGAUGCAGGAACUGAGGAACUCGACUUAUUCGACAUGUGCACUGGCCACCCAUCGCCAUCUGGGCAAUAUCACUACCACAUAUUUCCGAAGUGCUUAAAGGACUUCGGUGAUUUUAAUUCGACUAUUUUCGGUGUUGCAUUCGAUGGAUUUCCAAUUUACGGACCCGAAGAUGAAUUUGGUAACGAACUCACAAAUGCUGACCUGGAUGCUUGUAAUGGUAGAACUGACACUUAUGGCAAUUACAGAUAUCACAUCACAAACGAAUACCCAUAUUUCAUGGGAUGCUACAGUGGACGAGUGAGAAAGGACGUUGGCAAUAAUGUUGGAUCAACAACGGAUUGCCAGUGUCUCGAGCCCGUUGAUGUUUGUACAGAGUUUGGCGGUGGUGGAGGUGGCGGACCACCUCCUCAUCCUGGACAAAUAAUCAUAGAUGAUCCUGGCGAUGGGGCUGGGGCAAUAUCUGCAAAUAUUGCAGUACUGGUUAUGGCGGCAUCUACUGCAAUUUUCAGAAUACUCUAUGAAUGAAUAAAAAAAAUAUUGGUAACAGA